UAUAUGUGCUAUUACAAAUACAAGAAUAUAUUAAAAUUAUCAAUUUUUAUUUUACAGAAACAAUAUUUUGAUUAUGCGAUAAGAUUUCUUGUUGAUAAUUACAAGGUUGCUAAAGCAUUGCACGACGCUAGCUAUAAGAUAAAACAAAGAGAUGAUCAAGAAGUAAGUUGAAAUGAUUCCGUUGUAGAGUUUUAACAAUGUUUUUUUAACAACAAUUUUUGCAUUUAGUUAAUUAUAAGCGUGUUUCCAUAUUCUCGAUCGGUCUCUUCAGGUGACGACAGGUGAGCUAGCAGGCUCUCCGAAGUCGACAUCGGGUGACCGUGGGGAUAUGGGAGUGGCCAUCCAGGCUCCCGUACUUUUACUACUGGUGCUGAGACAGUCGUGUCUCAAAUUAACACGCAACCAUCCAUCGUGGGCGGCAGUGGUGAGCAGCCACUAUGUUCGGCUAUGGAGAACAUAGAUACCGACAAAGUACCUCGUUUACCUAAACCCAGAGUCGUCUUGUAUCCUUCUGAACGUGUACAACUAGGUUGGCAAGAUGAAAAAAUGGCAGUUGGAUCUGGAUUAGUCAAUACUGGUGUGAUAUGUUACAUCAAUUCUACACUACAAAUGUCACGCGAAGGUGAGGAGCAUCUGGCGGGCCGGGACAGCCGGUGGCGGCCGAGCCGAGGCCACAUGCGGUCGAGUCUGGAGGACUCCUAACCUGACUCCUAACCUAACCUGACCGGCCCUUAGUGCCAGUAG